UAAUUUCUUUGAGGCUUAUUUUUCAGCUACACAUAACUCUAUUUAUUUCUUAGAAACCCUGAACACACUCUGAAAAACAAACCAAAGGCUCCGCGAAAGCUUCAGAAAUGGCUGCCGAAGUGAGCGCUCUGGUUUGCGUCUUGAAUGGGUACAAUAGGGAGGAUCUGCAUCGGUUGGUUGGGAAGGAUUCGAGCGAUGAGGAAUCUACGGCUCUGAUUACAUGUGACCUGCUUUGUGGGUCUUCCUCCUCCUCCUACUCUAUGCUUCCCGAGUCCCAGGAAUUGGACCUCGACCUGCAGGUCCCUAAUGGCUGGGAAAAACAUUUAGACUUGAAGUCAGGAAAAGUCUACCUACAAAGAUGCAACUCCCCAAGUUCACCCUCAAUCUCAGAACACAAGCCCCAAACCAAUGCAACAGUUCCAAAGCUUCAAGAUUUAAAUUUCCCACCAUCACCAGCAAAGAUCACAUUAAAUCUUUUUGAACAAACUUGCUUGGAUUUAAAGUUAGUAUCAUCAUCCUUGUCUUCAAAUACUUAUCAAAGUGUAUGCACUCUUGAUAAGGUGAAAUUGGCACUCGAAAGGGCAGAGGAGCCAACCAAGAAGAGAGCAUCAUUGUGCAAAUCAUCCUUGUCACCUUCAUAUUCUUCACCAUCCUCUUCUGUCAGAGAAACACAAGAAGAAGAUCUUGGCGAUCAAUUAUUAUCAUCGCCAACAGUGGCAGGGUGCCCCGGUUGCUUAUGUUAUGUAUUGAUAAUGAAAAAUAACCCCAAAUGUCCUCGGUGCUGUUCUGUUGUCCGGUUGCCAGUUAUAAAGAAACCUAGGAUUGAUCUCAACAUAUCCAUAUGAGUGAUUAAAUAAAAAUAAUCGUGGUUUAUAACCACACUUGUAAUGUUGCAGACUACAGAUUAGAGAUUAGGGCUUAUGGAAAUAGUAUAUCUAUUAGUAAACGAAGAACAUGCAGUAAGCAUGGUGGUUUUGUUUGAAUUAGAUGAUAGAAAUGUUAUUCCUUCAGAAUGUUUUUUAUUUCUCAUAUUUUCAUAUUCUAUCCUUUGUCAUCCUCUGCUUGUACAGACAAGUUUCUGUGUUAUGAAUGCGCUUUGCGUUGGAUUGAAGUAGAGCUAUAAUGGAUUUGGUGCUCAAGUUGAA